AUGGAUGCUGGCAAGGCUUGGGAGGUGUUCAGAGAGAUGGUAUCCAUGGGUUUUGUUCCUAAUGAUGUGAAAUAUAAUACACCGAUUGGCGAGUUAUGUAGAAGUGGUGAUAUUGAGGAUGCACUUGAAUUGAAGAGGGAUAUGGAGAAGAAGGGCCUCAUAGAGGUUUCAAGUAUACCGCUACAUCAUUAUAGAGUUGUUAUCAAUGAGUUCUGUCUAUUUGUGGAGACAAGGCUAGCAACUGAAUUUUUGGAUGACAUGAUUGUGAAGGGUUGGCAAUUAGAUGCAGUGAUUUGUGCUAAAUUAAUUUCAGCCAACUGGCAGGAAGGUAGGAUCACUGAAGCUUGUGACAUUUUAGAUAAAAAUAAUGGACAAGGGGUGGUUUUGGAUGUAUUAUAUUACAAUUCACUUAUAGCUAGGCUUUACAAGAGUGGGAAAAUAGACAGAGCACAGGACUACUUAUCACAAAUGCAUGAGGUCGGGCUAUUGCAGAAUUCUUGGACAUAUAGAGCACUUAUUCAUGCGCAUAGUAAAGUUGGUAAUGUGGACAAGGCAGAUGUGUGCUUCCGGGAAAUGCUUUCUUACAGUUUUAAACCGAAUGACAUCAUAUAUACAACAGUCAUCAGUGGUCUUUGCAAAGCAGGCAAUGUUGCGAAGGCUUUCUCCACAAUUCAUUCCAUGUUGGAAAGAGGUGUGUUACCUGAUGUGCAAACAUACAACAUUAUCAUCAAUAGCCUGAUGAAGAAGAGGAAGUUGUAA